CUGCUUUUGGACCAAAACUUUACAUUUAUACUGGGACACGGCAAAAACAACAUUUAUACUGCCCCAGCCCAAUUUCAUUACUUUUGUACUGCCCAAGCCCAACAUCAUUUCAUUUCUACUGUGAACAGUAAAACACACGGGAAACAACCUUGUUCGUGUGUGAGGAGACGCCGGAGACGGAAAUCACCAAGAAAAAACCAUUAAAUCCGGCGAAGAGUUUUUUGAAAAGGAAUCAGAAUUGAAGAACAAGACGUACAGAAAACUGUCCCAACAAAAUAACAGAGGUAAUGGAACGUCUACCAGUACUCAUCAAGAGCAAUGGACAAUGGAAUGAAGAUCACAAUUAUGAGAACUAUGUGGCUAGUGGAGAAUUCAUACCAACAAAAUGCAAGUACGAAGAGCUACUGCAAAUACUGGUUACUUCAUUGGGGUGCGAAAACACCAGCACAACACUACAAAUACAGUACCAAGCUAAAGAAUGAAUACCACCGAUCAAAAUAUGCAACGAUCGAAGCCUCUACUUUUACUUGGAAUUGAAAAUGAAGGAAACAGAUUUCACGACAUAUCCACUAUGUGUGAACCAGCAAAACAACAACACAACACGUGCUGCAACACCAAAUUCGAUAUCCACAACAACACCGAAUGAAUAUAAUGUGGCAAUGAUCGAAAACAACACAACAACGCUUGAAAACAACAUAACAACAACAGAAUCAUACACAACGGGACAGCAAACGGAAGAAGGGGAAAAGUCAGAAACAAUAGAAGAUGAGGAGGACAAAUUCGACAUAAUUAACUAUGCAAAUCUGGUUGCUGAAGAAAUGGUAGAACAACUUGAAAACACCAGUAAAAAACUGGAUCCAAAAAUUGACAUCAACAAUGCAAAGUUAAUAACAGACAAGCAACACCCCGAAGUGGAAAAAGGACAGGCAUACAAAGACAAAGAAACUCUAAAAAAUGUCCUCAGCUACUACGCAAUCAAAAACAACUUUCAGUACAAAGUGUGGAAGUCCUGCUCUCAAGAAUACAGUCUGAAAUGUGUUUACGAAAGCUGCAAUUGGUCACUAAGAGCAUCGAGAAAUGGGCCAACAAACACAUUCAUAAUCAGGAGGUUCUCAAAUAUGCACACAUGCCCCAUAAAUAUAAGGCAUGAAGACCAAAGGCAAGCAACAUCGAAACUGAUAGGGGAAUGCAUAAAACCGAAGUUCUUGAACAUAAAGACCAAGGCAACAGCGAUGGACAUAAAAGGGGAGUUGAAAUCUGAUUUGGCAUCAAAAUGA